CAAGUGCCUUAACUGAUUAAAUGGGUCACGGUAUCGCUGUGUUGGUUCGGUUUCAAAUAUCAGUUCGAUAACUAAACACUUGCUGAUAACAUUACGGCAAAGGGUCUGUUCUUCUUGAUCAACAUGUCUUUACCGCCGGAUUUCCAUAGUUUGCAUCCCGAGUCUCAAGCGUUCUUGAAGUACCUCAGUGAGGAGAGUGCCAGUCGUCAAGAGGAAAUAACCCCGGAACUAGCCAGGGAAGCAGCUUUGGCGACCACCCUCGAGUCAGAUGGCAGGUUAGACUUUGAGUACCAAGGAGAGCGACGGGAAUAUAUUGUCCCUUCGCCGCACGAUUCGGCUGGUAUCCCAGUCUGGGUGUACAUCCCCAGCACAGUGGCGCCACACCCGGCUAUAUUCGUGUAUUUCCACGGUGGUGGCUUCACAGUCGGGAACCGGGUCACCCAUGACACGUGCUGCAAGAUGGUCGCGACAGAGUCGAAGUGCGUGAUGGUGAACGUGGACUACAGACUUGCCCCCGAACAUAAACUUCCUGCCCCUAUGGACGACGGUAUAGCGGCCGUGAGGUGGGCCAUGGACAACAAGGCACUCAUUGGUGGCAGUCCGAGUAGUAAAGUCGGAAUUGGCGGGGAUAGUGCUGGUGGGCGCAUUGCGUCAUCUGUAGCACAUGACGUCACGGGACUGGCCUUCCAGAUCCUGGUGUACACGUGUGUAGAUGCCACCUACCCCUUCCCCUCCAGUCAGCUGUUUGCAGAAGGCUAUGGCCUCACAAUGGCUUCCAUGCUCUGGUACGCAAAACAGUUUACAAAAGACGAAUCUGACAGGAGCGAUCCAAGACUAUCAACAAUAAAAAGGCCAAGGUUCGGCCACCUUCCCCCAACGCUGUUCGUUGUGGCCAGCCAUGAUCCUAUUAGGGACGAUAGUGCGGCUUAUGCCAGUAAACUAUCAGAGGCGGGCGUGAAGAACGAGACAUUGUACCUGGAGGGAGUGGUCCACACGUUCUUCCGGCUGCCAGGCUUCUUCAAGGAGAAUUGCCAGAAAGCAUACAAGAAGGUGGCACAGUUUAUUCAGGAGAACGCCCAAUAAACGUGAUUGGAGGGCG